AUGUCAGACUUCGACUCAGCAGCGAGUACCCCAGUACCAGUGGGAAGCCGCCCGAUCAAGAGACGCCGCGUUUACGACGACAAUGACGGAUACAGCUCUCCCGACGAACUCGGCGAUCACAAUCAACAUCGAUCAUCAAGGCUCAAUGCUCGCCGCGACUCAGUCCCGCGCCGGAGAGCGCACUCAUCAGAUGGCAGUGUAGAUGAACUGGAUCAUACAUACCACUCGCGGAAUCGAAGCAGGUCAAGCAGUGUUGACACCUCACAUUCCUCCGUCGAUCGACCCAAACCUUACCAGCCAGUCAAACUCAACUAUAAAAAUAAAUUUAUUCUGAAAGGACACCGGAAAGGCGUGUCACAAGUUCGCUUCUCUCCAGACGGCCGAUGGAUUGCAAGCUGUUCCGCGGAUGGCACAAUCAAGAUCUGGGACGCUGCGACGGGGAAGCAUAUGAGGACAAUGGAAGGGCAUUUAGCAGGAGUGUCAACGAUUGCUUGGAGUCCCGAUUCGAACACGAUAGCUUCCGGAUCCGACGACAAGACAAUUAGAUUAUGGCAUAGGGCUACCGGCAAACCAUUUCAAAUACCCCUGGUUGGACAUCAUAAUUACGUUUACUCGUUGGCAUUUUCCCCCAAAGGCAAUAUGCUUGUUAGUGGUAGUUACGACGAGGCAGUCAACCUCUGGGAUCUACGGGCACGGAGGGUGAUGAAAACUUUACCGGCACACUCAGAUCCAGUAGGAGGGGUAGACUUCAUUCGAGAUGGUACCUUAGUCUGUAGUUGUUCAACAGACGGACUCAUUCGAGUUUGGGAUACAGCAACUGGGCAAUGCCUUCGAACUCUUGUUCACGAAGAUAAUCCUCAGGUUACCACCGCUCGCUUCAGCCCGAAUGGCCGGUACAUACUUGCUUUCACUCUCGACUCCUGUGUACGGCUAUGGGAUUACGUCUCCGGGAGUUGUAAGAAGACAUAUCAAGGCCAUGUGAAUACAAAAUACUCAUUAGGUGGAGCCUUUGGUGUCAGUGGUGAACAAGGGUUCAUUGUAUCUGGCAGCGAGGACGGCAAUCUGGUGUUCUGGGAUGUAAAGACCAAGGACGUUGUCCAGAAAGCCGGUGGGCAUGAAGGUGUCGUUUGCUGGGUAGACACAUCUCCACAACCAAACGGGCCGGUGGUGAGCGGGGGACUUGAUGGAACUGUACGGAUAUGGGUAGAUGUAAACGAGGACGACGAGGAGAUUGGCGGAGUCAACGGACUGAAGCUUGAGCAUGACGAUGUUUUGGAAGAUAUCAAAAUGGAAAACGGCGGAGGAUUUGGUGAUACCCCGAGGAAUGGUAGUGUCGAUGGAAGAAGCCCGGGACGUAUGGAUGACGAUUCAUGA